CAUCCUCCGUAUCGUUGACACGUCCUACGAAAAGAGUGUGGAGUCAUUCGGUACGUUUGCUUCUCUCCUGACUCGUCUUGUGCGUUGAUUCUCGGUCCGAGAGUUCUCCUCGUGACGUCGAACGAUCUUGUCGUUCAGUUUCUUCGUGUUCUCCAACCCUGUUUAUUAUUACGCCGUUUCGUGCUUGACGAAAAAAAAAAACCGUUUUCCCCUUUUCAAAUACCGCGCGUGCGGCGGUAGUGCGCAUACCGUGCGACCAUUAGGUCGCUGACUCUUGAAAUUAGUCGCUAUUGCGCGUUUUCGACCUAUCGAAGUUGCUGUGCAGUAGAGCGCGCAUCGACCGUGAUCCUCGAUCGUAGUUUCGCGUCGUUUCGUUUUUCUCUGUGCCGUAUUAUUGAAAAAACUACUGUUCCGAAUAGUGAAUUGGUGAAUUUCGUGCGAUCGUGACAUUCUUUGUUCGAAUCAGUGAACAUUUCACGGAGAAACUAUGUCGUCAAUCAGCAAUUGUUUGUUCACCGCGGCUGUCCUGAUUGCCUUUGCAAUCGAAAUUAUCGCCACUCAAACCAUGGACGCCAGGAUUCGCGAUGACUCCGACUUAUCCCAGUUCUACCAGUUGUUGGAAGCAAGUCAGGUGGCAAAUACCACGCUCACGUAUCGUCACGUGACGGUUUUCGCACCUACAAAUCGAGCCUUCCAAAAGUACAACGGAACUACGAAAAACUUGGUUCUCUACCACAUGUCGAAUUUCCCAAAAACGAUCGAGAAUCUAGGAGACUCAAUCUCGUCGGAGUUAGAGGGUAAUCCACCCUUGUGGGUCACCAGGAGACCAGGCACUCACGGUCAAGAAGUCUACAUAAAUAACGCUAAAAUCCUCAUAGAUCGAAGCAAUUUUCAAUCUAAGGUUAGCGUUGGCGGCGACGUCAAGACUCAGGUUUUGCACAUAAUAAACGAAGUGUUGGAACCAGUACGUUCGAAUUCAAUGGAACUACCGAUCUACAGUCCAAACGCCUUCGAAUUUCUCAAUCAAAGUGAAAAUCUUGAUUUGGGUGUUCAUCGUCUUCGCAUCUUUCGGCAGCGGAUCUUGACGGAGAAGAAGGAGGAUGUCUUCAAGGCGGACGGACGUUACACCUUUCUUAUCCCCGUUGAGGAGGGUUUCCGGCCAUCACCUAGGCCGGAAAAGGUUGACCGUGUGGUGAUCGAUGGCCACGUAAUACCUAACCACGUCCUCUUCACGACACCUACACCUCAUAAUAUACCUUAUCAGACGCUUGCGUUCUCUGAUAACGUCAAGGUCACCGUUAGUUUCCUUAAGGAGCAUGAUAAAGUAUACGUGCAAUCGAACACUUUGGUCGGUGACGCGGGACAUCCAACUGGAGUUGUCCUGGCAGAAAUAAUUAAACCGAACAUCCCUGUGCGCAACGGUGUGAUCCAUUUGAUCCAACGACCUCUUAUGGUCGUCGACACCACGGUGAAGGACUUCCUCGAGUCCUUCAAGGGCAUCGAAAAAAGGGAUGGACCUGUGUACAAAUUUUACGAGAUAAUCCGAGAUUUCGGAGGAGACAUCAUGAGCACUAUAAGCCAUCUGCGUGAUGUCACGCUGUUUGCGCCCAGCAACGCGGCCUUCGAGGAACCUGGCGUCCAGAAGAUAUUGCAGGACAAGGAACGUGUCAAGGAGAUGCUGAACCUACACUACGUCAAGGACCGAUUGCCAAUCGAAAAGAUCAAGAACAAGAGCGUCAACCAGAAAUCGUACGAGAAGCCAUAUAGGGUCCCCACGGCGGCAGAAAAGAAGAAACUAUAUUUCAACGUAGCUCAGGACUCAAACGGAAAACCGAUAAUAACUGUCGAAGGAGGUGGCGUGAACGCGACAAUAAUUACCGCAAAUAUCGCUGCUACCAAUGGAUUGAUUCAUAUCAUCGACAGAGUUCUCGGAGUUCCAUACACCACUGUACUCGAGAAACUUAAAACCGAUCCUAUGCUCAAUUCUACCUACUUCCUUGGACAACGGCAAGGAUUCAACGACCAAUUGAACGACACGUCAACGCGUUUCACUUACUUUGCACCGCGCGAUUACGCCUGGAAAGUAGCGGCUGUCAGUUACCCAUCCACUUCGAAAAAGAUCUUUAUGCCUGAAUUCAGCUAUCACACGAAACAAAUCCUGGAACGACAUCUCGUGAUAGCGGACGAAGUAUACACGAUGGCCAAACUGAAGGAGAUGAAGCACAACGACACCAUCGUCCUUCCAGCAGCCAGAGACAGCCUGAAGCUUCGUAUCAGGGAGUACAGCGAAAAUGACAAGUACGACGAAAACAUGAUCCGUCCAGAAACUUUGGUUUACCAGAUCGAGUGGGAGGGCAAGUGGAUUCGGGUGUAUCGUCCGGACGUCGAGUGCACCAACGGUAUCAUCCACGUGAUCGACGAUGUGUUGUUGAAGGACAGUGACGUGAGGGUGACCGGAACAGCGUCCGCCACCAGCCUUGCAUCGCAUUUGAUCAUGAUCCUGGUGGCCAAGUGGCUGCUUUAAGGACCGAUACCUCUACUACGUUAAGGAGUCUGUCAUAGGUGCACCUAGGAAUUUAUUUUCGGGACCGUCUCCGAUCGUCCUCGUCCGAGAGAGAGAGCGUAGUGCGCGAGAUCCGGGUUCGAACUUUGAGAAAAAAAUCCGCUUUUGGGGCGAGCUUUCGUCGGGGUCUAAACCUUUCAAAAAGACCGAUCCUGACCGCUUGCUUGCAUCGCCAAUUCCGGGAUCAGAGUGAUCAUCGUGAUCUCUUGUGACACUGCACUGUAAACUGUGUUCGAGGGUUUUUGCUUUUGCCUCCCUUUUAAUAGAGACACACAGAGAGAAAGAGAGCGAGAACGAGAGAGAGCGCGCGCGAGAGAGAGAGAGAGAGAGCGAGAGAAACGACAAAGCAUCCCUUAAGAAAUAAAUGUGUUCCCCGAAGAAGAAGAAGAAGAAGAAAUCGAGGCACGAUCGACGGAUCGGGGACGAUUCUGAAUGAGAAUUAAAUUAAAAGAAGGUCGAAGAGGCUCUUGGACAUGAUCGCUAUAAAAGAGAGGAUGAUAUUGUGAUUUCUAUCCCGAUCAGGCAAGAGCCAACCGAUCUGUUAAGAAACGUGGGCGAAGCUUAAGCAAAGGAACGUACUAUUUAGCAAUUUCGAAUUAUUGUCGUCAGUAAAAAAUGGUUCGCUACGAGAACACGUGCAGGUGUUAUUAUUAUUAUUACUACGUAAGUAAUACGAUAGAGAUUCUCUUGAUUUGAAGUUUUAUCGUAUCGAUUUAGGAAUUAUCGGGUGUCUUAUGCGCGUCCACGCGACCACGAGGAGAGUUCCUCGAGGAUCUUGCACGAAAAGGCAUUUUUUUAGACGACCAUGAAAACGCGCGACAGACGCGGAGCCAAGUAUUAUCGCGAGUUGGAGAGACGCCGUUGAACGUACCAAAUGAUUAAUAAUUAACCACGUACCAACCAAGUAUAAACAAUUUAGAGAAACUUUUUAACGAGCGAGAAGAAGAGCGCGAGAACAAAAGAGGGCAGAGAUUUCGGGGAACCUCUUCGAGUACAAGGGCGGCAAACAAAAGGGUUUUCCAAGUGCAGUAUGUUGCGCCGUAUUUCUCGUUACGCUGACAAAUAAUAAAAAAAAAUUCGUUUUCAUUCGAGCUUACGAUUUCGUGUAAAUUAUUAACGAUUCAGUUGGCAAAGCUGGAGGCGGCGUUCCUCUUUUCUGAACGACCUAGGAUUACAAAUCGAUCACACGAAAGUUUGUCACACGGAGGAUCCAUAUAUCCUUUCGACAUAUACCGAUAUUUUAGCAGAAACACACGUGUAAAGGAUAAAUAUAUCAUCCACCUAAUAUACGUCCCUUCGUCGGUUCAGACCGGGCGCCAUUCACAGGCCGUAAACAUUUUCGUACAACUAUAUUAACGUCUCGCCUAAUUAUGGUACUUCGAUUUCAUUCAUCAAUGAUACGCUACAGUUCUGUGUGUGUGUAUGUACGAGCGUCAUUUCUGUUGGCCGAAGAAUCGCGCGGCGAGGCACACGCGAACACUAAUUAAGGAGAAUCGACCGGAAAAACUGUGCGCGCGGUUUCGAUAUCGAUGUACAUAAAAACGAUGUAGGUAAAAGCAAAACUCGUCCUUAAAUAUCCUCUCUAUUCGAAACGAAAUUGAGAAACGAAAGAUUAACAAAGGCAACGGUUGUUGAUCCUCGACGCGUGGUUUCGCGCGCCUUAGAUGUGAUUUCUAAAUACACUUUUGCUCUCUGUAUCAUAUAGCAAUACACUGUCUACUUAUUGAUAAUACUGCCACGACGUCUCAUUGCAAGCUCAAAACGCGCUUGCAAACGAGUUUUUGUACAAUUAUCGUUGAAAGAAGCGAAAGCAUCACACAGUAGAGAAGUGACUCGAUCACAUUCCGACAUUCUGCAGACUGUUUGAACGAAUUUUCGCGGCGUGGAAUACAGAUAUCGAACACGGAUUUAUUUCUCGUUACAAAAUAUUUAACAAAUAUAUAUAUAGAAAUUUGAAUCGAGAUAAAAAAAAAAAACUUUCUUCUCGUUAACUAAUAUAAAUUUGAUUUCAACGGUAACAAAUAUAUCUUUUCAUUUAAAUUUAUAACUUUAUCGAUAUUAAAAAGAAUUGUUGUACAAAUCCAACGAGAAAUUGAACAAGUUAGAAUUAUAAGAUGAAACGAAUCAGAAGAGAAUUCUUUCGAGCAGACUGCGCAAAUACGCGUAAAAUACUCAUUCAGAAACUUUUUUUUAACGACUGUACAGUUGCUAUACAUAUAAUAUAUUUAUACAUAUAUAUUAUAUAGAAUCAUCUGUGUCAAUGCACCACGUCGCAAUAGUGCAUCUCUUUCGAGAUUCGACCGUCGGAUUCGUAUUUUGUUUCGUACCUUGAGCGUAAUUCAGUUUAACCUUUUGCAAUUUUAUAUUAAUCGAUACCAAGCAAACAACGGAUUAAACAACUCCUAUUAGCUAACGUAAUGACAAUUUUAAUAUACAUAUAUAAAUAUAUAAGAAAAUUUAAUUUUAAAGUUCCACAAUUCCUUAAUAAGAUGGCAAAGGAUAAACUGCAACCACGUGUUCCAAACUUGAGAAACAAACCCUUGAGAGAUCACGAGCAAACGACACGACAACACACUUUCAUUCCACGAUUAGUAUGAGCUUAGCUAUGUGUGCGUGCAAGUAAUGAUUAUAAUGAUCACGUGUGUCCGUCGAAACGAAAAAUAGUGAUGUAAAUCUAUGAGAAUCACGUUGAGAGAGAGAUCGGAUAGAAGAGAAGAGGAGAACCCGAGGUAUUCGAAGGUGAAGAAAUUACAACGCCUCGAAAUUUCGUUUCCUCCCCCUAGAGAACAAAUCGUCGUGAUGAGAGGAGGAAUGUGAAACAGAGUCGUUCAGACUAAUAUCGAAACGCCGAAACUAAAAAAACAGAAAAAAAAAAAGAAAAAAAAAGAAAAAAAAGACUAUAAACGAUCGGAGCGAAUCUCGCGUUUCCGGUUGUUUAAACUCGUAUUAGUUAAAAAAAAAGAGAGAAAGAAAAAUAGAAGACUUAUUAAAGAUUUUUCAUUCAGCUACCGUACUUUUUCU